AUGCCAACAACGCCUCCAUCAUUAGCACCAGAAAUUGUAUACAUAGAGCCGAAAGGUUAUGAAGGAGAUGACUGGGGGAAACUUUACCACGAUAAGGAUUGCCAAAACAGAUACACAGAUAAAACAACAUACCCUCUGGGAAACAUUACUGAAGGGGAGUUAUUAGUCAAUUUUACAUUGUGGACUAGUAGUAAAGGAAAGAAUGGAACUAUUGAAGUGUUCCAUGGAACGAAAAGCAUUAUUCAACUAUAUGCAAAUGCAACAAUGAUUACUCACCGUUUUGAGGGUAAAAUUGUAAAAGAAUUCCCACAACCUGUGAAUAUGCUUGAAAAAGGAGUAACUUUGUUCGCAUCUUUUCGCCUUACAAAAUAUUAUGUUUGGUCCGGGUUUUCAAGUAACUUAUGGGGAACUGAGUUUGUUGUUACCAAAUAUUGGCCUGAAACUAAAUGGUGGGAUGGACAGUUAUUUAAAGGAAAAGGAAGCAACACAUUGCAAAUUUUUGGAGAUUUUGUUACGGUUACUCCAGUGUUUAUUCGAACGCUAAAUUAUGAUGAUAUUAAAAAUCUGUCUAAAGAUUAUGAACAUGUUGUUGAUGGUGGGCGUACAUUUGAUAUUCAAACAAUUUAUAAUGAAAAUGUUACAUUUCGUUUUCGUUGCAAAUACCGUGGAUUUACAAUUGAGCUUCGAUUAAUUUCUAAAAGAAAGCCUAUCUUGUCGUGGCACACUCUCACAGACGCAAUAGAAACAGAGGAUUACAAUACUAAAGAAAAAAGACAAACCAACACUAAACUUUUUCAAUUUGGAAAGCCAAAAGUUUUCGAAUUAAACAUUAUUGCAAACAAAACAGGCAAUAUGACAAAAUAUGUAUUUGAAAUUAAUGGAAAAAUAUAUCCUCAUAAUACAUUAAUAUUGCCAGUACCAACUUGGAAGAUUGAUCAAAUUAUGGUAAAUAGUGAUCUUGAAUUAUUCGACUAUAAAAUAACUGAAGAAGAAUUAGAAAUGCCAAAUAAAAAAUUUAAAAAAUAUUUGCCUGAUCUUAAAGAAUUUGGAAAUAUUGUCUGUCUUGAGGGAAGAGUUCCAGAGGCAGAAAAUAUGGCUGGAGAAAAAAGUUUUCAAGUAUACCUUCUCAACGAUGAGAAUGACUUUAGUGAGAUAUAUGGAAACACGGCAUUAAUGUUAGAUUUUGUGUUUGACCCAGAGGAGUACUCAGAACUUGGAGAGAAUAUUACUUAUACUCAAGGAAUGAACUCGGCUUUAUACAUCAACAGCUAUCAUCGUCGUAAAGGAGGUUGGGGAAAGAAUAAAACUCACAAAAACCCAAUUGGACAAACCGAUGUGCCUGUAACUAUUCAAAUAAUUGCUGACACUCAUUACUUCAAGAUAAGCAUUAAUGGAGCUACAGAUUUCAUUUACCACAAACAUCGAAUUCCUGCAUGGACUAUAAAUUAUGCUAUGGUCACGGGCUAUAUACAAGACAUCGACUUUUUGGAAUCUACCUCUGAAAAGUGCUUACUGGUUGAAGAAUAUAAAUUGCCUUCAACAAUAAUUAGAACGGAGAAGUUAGAAAAGGGAGAUCAAAUCAUAAUUAAAGGACAAGUUCCAAAUCCAUUCAGUGGAAGUAUCUUUGUUACUUUAAUGCACAGGACUCUCGCUAUGAAUUUAGAAUGUUAG